AUGGCGCACAUGCUGACGCUGCAGGCAUACGCGAAGGCAGAGCUCGCUCUCAAGGGCGGAACGCAGUACAUGAGCAACCCUCCGAGGCAGCUCGAAUUCAACCUAAAAUGCCGUUGUACCCGCGGAUCUUUAACCCUCGAUCCCGCGUCGACGUUCGAGCUCGUGGGAUCGCGGUGGGAGACCAUCGAGGAGUACACAAGCGAACCCCAUAACGCGCUCAACUGGGAGGGGUCUGCAGCCAGCCGGGAGAUGAUUCAGCGCGAGUACGGCGGCGACCCGCAAUACAUCGGCGCUCUCCCCGUGCAAUUCGCCGUAGAGGGCUUCUCCCCGAACUCCGGCAUGGUCUUCCCGCAACAUCGCUCCCUCGCACCGUUCCUCCAGGCGCCCCAUGUCUCGGGCGAGGACGUGCGCAAGAUGUUGGCGGAUGCUCUCGUCAUCUGUGUCGGCAGCAUUCGCCUCGGGCUCGCGCUGCGGUCCGUUGAGCCACAAAUCGGGGUGUCCUGCGCUCCGCUGCCGGGUUGCUACGUCCGUACGAACAGGAGGUGGAACUGGGAGCCACUCUUGACAAAUUGGGAACAGUAUCUCAAGGGCCCUAGAGGAAUCCAGAAGGUGGACAGUCUGGGCUAUAUCCCGGCGGCACGGCGUGCCCUCCACCGCCCGGGUUCCUCGGCGCUCAGCUAAGAAUCCGUCCGCUCGCCGAGAACCCGUCGUUCUUCGUGAAUCUCUUGAUGCUGUUGUGCCGUCGAUGGCGGAUUUUUCCGCGUGUAAUCUUCAUCAGGCCAUCGGUUUUUUGCAAACGCAUGUCGGCACUCGUUUAGUGUUAAUAGCUCGUUGCUCUAAGC